UUCACUAAAAAAAAAAAAAACCCUAAUUUGUUCUCUGUAAACGUAAAAGAAAGCGAUGAAGAUUGUGAAUUGGGGAAGAGAACUUCAAGAGGAUAUUGGUGAGUCAAUCUUCGGUAGACUCGUUGUCUCCAAUUUAGCUACUUGUAGAGUUGUUUGUAAAACUUGGAAUUCUUUGAUUUUAGAUUAUUCUUCCUCUUCUAAAUUGCUUACAAACGAUUUUAUUCUCUUUACCCGUGAUGGAAACCCCAUUUGUGGAUCUAGUAGUUUAUACAAUCCCAAAAUGCAUUGUUUCCGUCUUGAUGAUUUGGAUGUGGAUUCUGAUAUGGAAUUUGAAGUGAAUAAAUUCGCCUCAUUACGCUUUGACGGCGAUUGGUCCUUUAUCCUACCCAUCAGAUCCUGCAACGGCCUUCUACUUAUUUCCAAAUCUACUUUUUACUGUUCUUGUAUGGGCAUAUUCAAUCCUAUGACCAAUGAAUUUUUUCGAGUACCUCGUGAUAAUUUUGAUGCUAAUAAAUAUGUUUACGGAUUUGGUUUCAUCCCUACGACGAAGCAUUACAAAUUGUUUAGAAUUACCAUAGAAGACGAACCUAGUUAUAGUUCCAGAAUGGAGGUUUUGACCUUUGGUAGAGGUGGAAUCAACCCUAACCCUAAACAAAGUCAAAACCAGUGGAGACAUCUUUACUCCAUUCCUUCUGACAUUUGCUGUAAGGGGGCUUACUUUAAUGGGAUCAUCUAUUGGUUGGGAAGAGAAAAAGAUGAACAAAAUGAGUAUGUCAUAUAUACUCUUGAUGUUGAGUCUGAGAAAAUUAAAUUGAGUGCUGUCUUGAAAGUUGGCCCCUUCUCCCAUUACAAUAAAGUGUAUAUACAACAAUUUAAUGGCAGUGUUUAUGCAAUUUUUCACAUCCUCCCACCAACAACUAAUGAGAGGAUUCAAGUGUGGAAGAUGGAAGAAAAAGACUCAUGGAUUAGAGAUUUUGUUAUUGAUGAUGAGAAUCUAAAAGAUUUGGGCUCAUUUACCCCAUGAAAGCCUAUGAAAAUGGAGAGAUAUUGUUUAUGGUCGGACAAUACUUUUUUUGGUUGUAUAAUCCUUUAACUGGGAGGAAGAAGAUCAUAACAAUAAAGAAUAAAAAUAAGGUAUAUAUGGGCAUUUUUCAAA